UGGUGGAAAUGGAGGCCGCGGCCCUGAGGGGGGCGCCGUGGGGGGCGCUCGUGGAGGCGGCGAGGGGCGUGGAGGUCUCGCUUGAGCUGUCCAGCCCUGACAUCUAUGCUGCCUUGUGUCUGGACAAAGCUACUCGUCUGGGCGAGUGGCGGUGUCGGGGCGGCGGGCUGUCGGUGCGCUGGUCGGGAGUGUCGGUGAGCGUGGCGGGCAAGACGCUUGUGUCGGAGCUGUCGGGACACUGCGAUCCGGGACACAUCUUCGCCGUCAUGGGACCUUCCGGCUCGGGAAAGACAACCUUGCUGAACGCUCUGAGCGGCCGAGUGCGGUGUGAGGGCUCCGUAUGGCUGGGGGAGCGGCCGCUGUCACGUAAACUGCGACACCUCGUGGGUUACUCCACCCAACACGACCUCUUCCACCCACACCUUCGUCUGCGCCAGAUGCUCCAGUUCACCGCGGAGCUGCGGCUGCCCCACGCGAUGUCGCAGGCGCAGAAGGCCGCCGCCGUCGACGCCGUCAUCGACCUGCUGGGCCUGCAGCACUGCCAGCACACCAUCAUCGGGGAUGCCAGCGUCAGAGGGCUGUCGGGCGGGGAGCGCAAGCGCGCCUCCAUAGCGUGCGAGCUGCUCACGGACCCGCCCGUGCUGCUGCUCGACGAGCCCACCUCAGGGCUGGACGCCCACGCGGCCCACUCCCUCAUCACUAACCUGAAGGCGCUGGCGGUGCAGGAAGGGCGCGCCGUGGUGCUGUCCCUCCACCAGCCCUCCUCCAGGAUCUUCCAUAUGUUGGACACCGUCCUGCUGCUGGCCAAGGGACAGCCCGCGUAUCUUGGCCCCAGCGAGGACGUGGCCCCUUACCUGGCCCAGCUGGGCCUACCAAUUCAGCCGAACUACAACCCUGCGGACUUCUUGCGUGGGUCCAAACACGUGCCUUGUGGGCCCUGCGACGGGUCCAAACACGUGCCUUGUGGGCCCUGCGACGGGUCCAAACACGUGCCUUGUGGGCCCUUCAACGGGUCCAAACACGUGCCUUGUGGGCCCUUCAACGGGUCCAAACACGUGCCUUGUGGCCCCUUCGACGGGUCAAACACGUGCCUUGUGGGCCCUUCGACGGGUCAAACACUGGAAGUGGCCACCGAACACUCUGAGCGUCUGAUACGUCACCACUCGGAGACGCAUCGAGCAGGCACCGUCGUACGUCAGUCCAAGAACCCUCCUCCGAAUGUCGUCCAUCAACGUCUCUCGUCACUCUCUGCGUCACAAUCCAAGCAAAUUCAACGCACUUACGUUCACGACGAGGAUGCUUCGUCGUCUCAUGAACGUCUGGACGUCGGUCAGGAGCUUCCAGAGUACCGGGACUUGCAAUAUUCGAGGCUCACGAACGCGAACGGUUAUCCUCGCUCCGUCGUUAUUGACGUGCCGGAUGAAUGUUUGACGCAGCGUUCAAGCAACGUUCAACGCUGCGCUUGUGGAAAUGUCGUUCAGUUAUCUCUCGACGUUCUCCCAUCAGUCGAUAGCGAGCACCAUUCUUCAGAAAUUAUUAAUUCGCCGUACUCCAUAGACCUUCCGUCAUCGUCUACCGUAAGAGUUCCGUCGGAUGUCGCCGUUUCUAACCCCGAUUACGAGUCUUCAGUACACCUCUUCGUUUGCGAUGACUACAUAAAAGUGAAGAACCAUCAGCAUCUCAUCCACGCUGGGCAUGAUCGUGAUUCAGUGGACCCGAGAGGAGGUCUCGAUCUGGUGGACGAUGAUAGUGAACACGAUCAUGAUCUGCAGAGAUCUUCUUCUUUCCGAGGAUUUAACGUCACUAGAUCCUUGCCUGCUCCUCUGUCGGAGGAUGCUUGCCUAAACAAGGGACCGGGGAGACCGGCAGACGAGACCCAGUGGGGCGCUUUGCCCGACACGCGCACCACCACACCCGUCAAGCGGGACGAGAGUGACAGCGGCCGUGAGUCGUGCAUUAGCGACCACAGCGACGAAGCGUCGUGCUCCGCGGCCUCCGUCGCGGCCUUCGCUUCAUCGCGACGUCGCUUGCGCCUCUACGCCGCCGACGCGCGCUGGCCUGCGUCGUACUGGACACAGUGUCGGGUACUCACGGCGCGCUGCUUCACGGUGUCCCGCCCCAUCAUCACGUCGCGGGUGAACUGGGUGCAGACGCUGGGGUUCGCGCUGCUGGCGGGGGUGCUGUGGUACCAGGCGCCCCGUACCGAGGAGGGCAUCACGGACCUGCAAGGCUGGAUGUUCUUCUCCGCAUCCUACUGGAUGAUGCACAGCCACUUCCAGGCCCUCAGUACAUUCCCGCGGGAGAAGGCGGUGCUGGAGAAGGAGCGUGGCAGCUGCUGGUAUCGCAUCAGCGCCUACUACAUCGCCAAGACCCUAAGCGAACUUCCCCUCACCAUAGCCCUGCCUUCCCUCUAUUUCAUCAUCUCAUACCCUCUGAUGGCAGGCGUGUCCAAUGCCCUCGUCAUGCUGCUGCUGCUCCUUAUGCUUCUCCUCAACGCCAUUGUGGCUCAGAGCAUGGGACUGUUGGUGUCGGUGACGUUCUCGGACAUUGAGCACUGCUGGGCGGUGAGUGCCCUGAUCACGCUCUUCCAGCAGCUGUUCGGGGGCUUCCUCUCCACGCGGGUGCCUCCAUGGAUGGAGUGGGCGCGCUACCUCUCCAUGGUGCAGUACGCCUACACCAACAUGUGCUACAUCGAGUUCUCCAUGGGGCUUCCUGUCGCGUGCGCCGCCGAGCUGUCACGGUAUCCGUCCUGCGCGUCGGGCAACUCAACCGUCGUUCCCGUCGCAGAGAUCCUCGACUCCACCGGCGUCUUCGGGUCCUCCAUGGGUGCCUCCGUCAUAUGGAUGAACACCGCAGCGCUGGUCCUGUACCUCGUGGUGGCGAGACUACUAACUUAUCUUGUGUUGCGAUACCGAUACCGUCCUAAGUAUUUAUAGUUAGUUAUUUAAGCGAUGUUUGUCAUAGGU